UAACAGUCCAACAUAUUUUGUUAUGAUAUAACAUUUUCAAAGAUUGAUUGUAUUCAAUCUUUACUUCUCCCACGGAACACCUUUCUAGAAUUCUGGCAGCCCAAAACAGGACAGCCCUCUGUAAUCCCUGUAGCUACUUUUUGUCAUCUUUCUGCAAUUAAAGAAAAAAACAGGGCAACCCUCUCAAUUGGCGGCUAAGCCCUUAAAUUAAAAUCGGUCCAAAUUGGCAACUGAGAAAGCUUGAACUUUACAGGAAGGUAGACUCCAAUCCCAGAAGUCUCUUUCCGUUACGUUGCAAAAUUCGUACUGAGGCACCAUAAGAAAAUUGCCUGCCUGAACUUUACAGGAAGGUAGACUCCAAUCCCAGAAGUCUCUUUCCGUUACGUUGCAAAAUUCGUACUGAGGCACCAUAAGAAAAUUGCCUGCCCUUUUCAAUUGGGCCUCAUUGCCCUCUUCAAUUAGGCCUCAGGAAAAAUGGCUUUAUAAGAAAAUAGAUUUGCCCUUUUCAAUUAGGCCUUAGGGAAAAAUGGAUUCAGUACGCCUGCUAUAUGUGCCUGUUCUACUUGUGAUUCUCCAGGUUGUUUCGGCACAGCAGGCUUACGAAGCCAAAUACAAUCUAGAUUGCUCGAACACACAAGAUAUAAAUUACGGGUAUAAGUGCAAUGGAGAAGCAAAGUCAUGCCAGGCCUACGCAGUGUACAGGUCACAGACAGGUUACCAGACCCUCGCUAACAUCAGCACCCUCCUUAAUUCUAAUCAAUCACAAAUGGCCACCAUCAACAAUUCCUCGCAGAAUCAGAUUUUGGACAUAGAUAAAGCAGUUAUAGUGCCUGUUGACUGUUCCUGCGCGGGGAGUUACUCUCAGGCCAACGCAAGCUAUAUUAUCCAACCAGAUGAUAGUUAUUUUAAAGUAGCUAAUAACACUUACCAGGGGCUCUCCACCUGCCAGGCUCUUCAACAGCAAAAUUCUGUGGCUGCCACCGCUCUCCAGAUUGGAAUGAACAUAUCAGUUCCCCUACGGUGCGCUUGCCCAACAAAAACUCAGACUGGAAAUGGGACCAAAUACCUGCUAUCCUACACAGUCCGUUUCGGAGACAGCCUGGCCGCCAUUGGUAAACUGUAUGGAGCAACCGCACAGGAAAUCAUGGACGCCAAUGGGCUAACCGCAGAUGACGACACAAUUUUACCCUACACAACGUUGCUGGUGCCUCUGACCACCGCACCCACAUCUUCCCCACAGUCAUCUCCAUCGCCACCGCCGCCACCACCACCAACUAGCACUUCCACUCCCACAGGGGGUGGAGGUUCCAAGACGGGGGAACAUAUAGGCAUCGGCGUAGGUGUGGCGGCUGGAGUUCUGGCGGCGGCUCUGGUGGCAGGUGCCUGUAUUGUCCGAAGGAGGAAGAAAAAGAGACAACAGCUACCCGAGAAGGUCCUGAAUUCGAUUCCAAGCCCUAGGAAGGCUAAAAACCCUGACCUGUUGGCGGGCAUGGCCGACAUGGGCCAUAUCCUUCCGCAGUAUAAAUUCGAAGAUUUGCAGUCCGCCACCGACAAUUUCAGUGCAUCGAACAGAAUCACAGCGUCUGUUUACCGCGGCCUGCUCGGCAUCGACGCUGCCCCUGUAGCAAUUAAGCAAAUGACAGGGGAUGUCUCACAGGAGCUCAACAUUCUAAAAACCCUUAACCAUUUCAACCUUGUCCGCCUUCUCGGCAUCUGCAAAAGCGAGGGCCGUUUUUACCUGAUCUACGAGUACGCAGAGCACGGCUCACUGGACGAGCUGCUGCACGGCCCCGAAUUCGAAACCUGGACGUCUCGAGGCAGCUCAAUUUCUUCCUCCAUUUGCUUGAGCUGGAAGCAGCGAAUACAGAUUGCCUUGGAUGUCGUGAACGGACUCCAUUACUUGCACAACUACGCCAAUCCGCCUUACGUACACAAGGACAUAAAGAGCAGCAACAUUUUGCUGGACAGCAAUUACAGGGCCAAAAUCGCCAAUUUUGGCCUUGCAAAAUCCGCAGAGGAUUAUGCAUUAACCAGGCAUGUUGUAGGUACCAAGGGUUACAUGGCGCCUGAAUAUCUUUCCAGUGGCCUCGUCACGCCAAAGCUGGAUAUCUUUUCUUUCGGGGUUGUUCUGCUGGAGCUCCUGUCUGGCCGAGGGCCUGUGUUGGAGGAUAAUAAUGGCGAUGUCCAGGAACACUUGCUUUCGACUGAAAUUGGGUCAGUGGUUGAGAGUUCGAAUCCCGAGGAGAGCUUGAAGGGUUUUAUGGAUUCUAGCUUGAGAGAUGCUUGUCCCAUGGAUAUGGCUCUGGCUGUGGCUCAGCUGGCUGCUGAAUGUGUGGACCAGGAUUUGAACCGCCGACCUGCAACUAUGGAUAUUGUAUUGAGUCUUUCUAAAUGGCAUUCUGCCAUGUUGGACUCUGAUUCUUUUGAGAGUGAGAAUCUAAUGCCUGGUCGAUAACCAAGCUUUUACUGGGUUCUUCGAAUGGCUGAGGAUUGAUAGUUUCAUUUUAUGCUCGUUUGUGAAUUUUUCUACGCACUCGUUUUUUUGGGGGAAUUUAUCAAAUAUGUGAAAGAACAAAUCUAGUGUAUUUAUUUAUUUAUUAUUAUUAUAUAAUUUU